AUGGAGCCCGCGGCCCCCUCCGCGUCCUCGGCCUCGCCGGCCGCGUCGCCGGCGGGGAGGCGGAGGACGGCGCCGGAGGCCGCGGAGCUGAGGGUGCGGCGGCGGACGCUCGAGACCGUGCUCGAGCAGUGCCAGCGCGCGCUCGAGCUCAUGCGCGACGCCGAGGGGGAGGACGGGGAUCCGGAGGAGGAGGACGAGGAGGAGGGGGAGGAGGGGGAGCGGGAUCCGGAGGACGAGGGGGAGCGGCGGGCGGGCGGCGACGUCAGCGAUGGGGAGGGGCAGCCUCCGACGCCGGAGCCGUCGGAGACCGACUACGAGACGGACGAGCUGUGUAAUCUUCUCAAAUCGAGGGUCGAAUCACCUGAAUUUCUAGAAAAGCUUGAUAACAUUCAGAAGUCAGUAUACCAACAUGGUGCAGUAGAUGAAACCAUAUCAUGGGAUAUCGUAAGCGCAGCAGAUAUAUGGGAUGAUAAGAGUAUGAAUGUCAGUGAUGAUUCAGAGGAUGGAUAUGUUCUAGUUAAGCAAGAGGAUAUAGUUGAUGGGAUUGCAUGCUUCAUGGCUGCAUACCUGCUGUCGCUGAAAGAAACUAAGGAAUUGACGCCCAAUCAACUUCAAGAAGCCCUUAGCAAGACAUUUUCAACUAAAAAGAGGAAAGGCAAACUUCAGAAGGCAUGGGCCGGAACACAAGUUAUUUAUAAUGUAGCAUCAUGGAGUGCAACAGCUAUUGGUAUCUACCAGAAUCCGGCGAUUCUAAAAGCAGCAACAGCGGCCUUCUGGACAUCCUGCCGCGUGGUGUCCAAGUUCCUGUGA